CCCACCACCCCCUCCUCCUCCGCCAUGGCCUUUGUUGACACUGACUUUGCUCCCGAUGACACAUCGCUCUACACCAACCGCGAGACAUCGUACUCGGUGGCCAAGUGGGACCGCCCGCACGCUUACACCUCGACGCCUACCCUCUUUGCCGAGGGUGUGGCUCCGGGUGAUGUGAUGCAGGGUGCGCUUGGCUCGUGCUACCUCCUCGGUUCGCUCUCGGUUGUUGCCCUCGAUGACGAGGCCCUCGCCUCGCUCAUCGUCGACCACGACACCGAGACCGGCCGCUACACCGUCCGCUUCUACAAAAACGGCGAUUGGCUGCAGGUGGUAGUCGACGACCACGUUCCGCUCCGCCACGGCUCCGAGACGCCGCUCUUUGCUCGCUGCCUCGAUGAGGACGAGGUCUGGGUCCAGAUCUUGGAAAAGGCCUACGCCAAACUGCACGGCUCGUUUGAGGCCAUCGAAGGCGGCUCGACCGUCGACGCCCUCGUCGACCUCACCGGCGGCUCAGGCGAGAAAUGGCACUUUGACCACGAGGACGUUGCUGCUCGCAUCACCUCUGGCAAGCUCUUUGAUGACAUUGUCGACAUGAUUGACGCCGGGGACAUGCUCGGCUGCGCCAUCGCCCGCGCCGGUGCCGGUAUCGAGGAGGACCAGGGCAAUGGUCUGCUUGCCUCUCACGCCUACGGCAUCCUUGACGCCCUCACUACCUCGGCUGGCCACCGCCUGCUUCUGAUCCGUAACCCGUGGGGCUCGACUGAGUGGUCUGGCGCCUGGGCUGACGGCUCGCCCGAGUGGACACCCGAGAUGCUCGAAGAGCUCGGCCACGAGUUUGCCGAUGACGGCUCGUUCUACAUGGCGUACGAGGACUUUACCACCAACUUUAACAAGCUCUAUGCUUGCCACCUUUUCACAGGCUGGACAUCGAGCGUCAAGGCCUUUGGCUCGUGGUUCGCUGAGUCUUCGGGUGGCCGUCCGUCAUCGGCGGGCUUUGCCAACAACCCGCAGCUCAAGCUGCGCGUUGGCGCUCCCGCUGAUGGCGCUGCUGCCGCCCAUGUUGCUAUUUCGCUCAUGCAGUCUGACGCUCGCCUUGCUGGCACCCAUCGCUACGACGACGCCAUUGCCUUUUACGUCUUUGACGCCGAGCCCGAAUCAGGCCCACUCCGCGAGUGGGACUCGUCGCGCCUCGUCGCCCGCAUCGACAUCUUUGAGUACGCCCGUGAGGUCGCCACUACUUUCAAGGCCCCGCCCGGCGACUACAUCAUCGUUCCGUGCCAGUACGACGCCGCUCCUCUCAAGAACGAAGACUGGGUCGUUCGCGCCUGGGCAGACUCGGCCGCACUCGACUUUAUCGCCUUCCCGCACAUCGCCAACGCCGAAAUCGAGGGUGCCUGGGCUGGCGUCUCUGCUGGCGGCUGCGUCAACAACCCGUCGUGGAACGCCAACCCACAGUUUGCUCUCACCGUCUCCGCUCCCGGUGACUAUAUCAUCGAGCUCCACCAACCUCAGUCGCCUGCCCACCCGCCUUUCUACAUCGGCUGCCUCGUCCUCACCGGCGACGCCCGCAAAGAUCGCGCCCUCGCCUCGGAAGUCAUCGGCAAGACCUCGUUCACCAAUGCAUACUCGGUCUCGGUCUCGCUCACCCUCGAGCCCGGCACCUACAUCGUCAUCCCAUCGACGUUCUACCCUGGAAACGAGUCGGCAUUUACCCUAGCUGCCAUCGCGCCUGCCGGUGUGUCCGCCGCAGAGUGGGCCCACCUUCACGUCGCUGUCGCUGGUGUUACAGGCGUCGAGGGCCGCUGGCACGGCAAGUUGGCCGGAGGCUGUCGCGGUCGGGCAAACUGGCAUCGCAACCCCCAGUACCUCCUCACCUCAGACACCGAUGCCACGCUUGAGAUCUCGCUCGUCCAGCCCGAGUCUACGCCCUCCGACGCGCUGCCCUAUGUCGGUUGGUCCGCCUUCCCCGUCCCAUCCAACUCCAAGCGCCUUCUCGCCGCGUCUUCGUCUGAUACCCUUGCCUCCACCCCGUGCACCAACGCGCGAAACGUUGCAGCUGCACUCGACGUCACCGCAGACACCCCAGUCCUCAUCAUCCCCUCAACCUACCACCCCGACGUGGAGGCCUCGUUCGAGCUCAUCGUCAAGGCGCCUGGUGUUCCUGAUGCCCAGCUCGCCCUCGACCACAUCCCGCGCUCGUGGGAGUGGCACGAGGCCGCCGUCGGUGGCGCAUGGACCCCGCACUACUCCGGCGGCUGCCAGAACAACCAGUCGUGGCAGCUCAACCCGGUCUAUUGCCUCGACAUCACCAAGCCAACCACCAUCACCAUCACCCUCGCCACCCCGAAGACGACCCGCGUCUUCCCAUCGGCUUUUACGUCUGCGCCGGCGGCACAGUCUCGCUCGCUUCCACCAUGUCGUGCUCGGGCUUCCAGUACACCCGCUCGCGCAGCGCCGAGCUCACUCUCGACGCAGGUGCCUACUGCAUUGUGCCUACCACAUUCUACCCCGGCAUCCACGGCAACUUUACCCUCUCUGCCAUUGCCGCUACUGCCUUUGAUCUCUUCUCCGAGGCCGCCGGCCCGCACACCGCCUCAGACAACGUCUACGCCGGCAAGGGCGCAUCCGGCACCAAGACCGAUGAAGGCUCGUCUGCGCGCGUCCUUCUCGACAAGGAAGCCCUCCGCAAGGCCCGUGCAGCCAUCCGUUGCUGCCCCGACGAAGAGCGCGAUGCCGCCCAGGCAGCCUACGCUGAUCAGCUGGACGACGCCAGCAAGCAACCUCCGCCGCCCGAGCCCGCCGAAGACGCCGCCAACGACGAGAGUCCGGAUCAUGACACCAUGGCCGAGGCCACCGGCGAUGAGCCGCCACCGCCGCACCCGCCUAUUCCCGAGCCAGCUGCAUCCGAGCUCGAAGAGGGCGAAGGCAGUCUUGAUGACGGCCAGGCAGACGCUCGUGAAACUGACAGGGCUGGCGAGCGCAAGGAGCCGUCCCGUGGUUCUGGCGGCCAUGAACCCGUCAUCCCAGGCAUUCACAAGAAAAAGCGUCGCAAGGCCAACCGCGCUGCUGCCCGUCGCGCUGCUCACGCCGCCCGAAGGCGGCCCGCAAGGCGGCCAAGCAGGCGAAGAAAGCCGAGCGCCGCGCACGCCGUGAGGCGCGCCGCGCCGAAAAGGCUGCCCGUCGGGCAGCAAAGGCCGACGGUAAGGAGGGCAAGACAAGCCGUCGCAAGGGGAAGAAGGGGCGGCGCAAGAGCAAAAGGGGACGUCGCCGUGACUUUAUCGACUCGUCGGAGUCUUCCUCCUCCUCUUCGUCGUCCUCGUCCUCCACAUAGUCAGUGCGCUAAAUCCCCAGCGAGCUAGCCGAAGCUCCACCGCCCACACCGGCAAACGCACGCCGCACAUUUUGCGAGAUCUGUGCCUCUUCCUUUGCCACCUCGGCCUGCCAGCCCUCCCAGUUGACCGCCAUGGUCCGACCGGUCGCCUCAAAACGCCGCAACGCCUCGUCCAGCGCGCCGCGUCUGAUGCGAACCACGUCCACUGCAGUGACAGCAACAAGUCGCGCUGUCCUUGGGCUGAGCUCCCACCACCCUGUCUCACCAAAGAACUC